AUGGCCGACCCCAUCAUGGACCUCUUCGACGACCCCAACCUCUUCACCCUUGACCCUUUCCCCGACGACCCCUCCCGCUCCCGCGACCCCGUGGCCGAAGCCCUCGGCCUAUCAGGAGCCUUGGACCCGCCCCCUGACCCCGCCCCACGUGACCCCUCCCCUGACCCCGGCGAAUCCAAACGCAUCACCUUGGUCCUCCAACAACCCCCAGGUGGUGCCAACACCCCACCUGGCCAACGUCACGUGGUCCUGGGCAGCUUACCUGGCAAGAUUGUCCUCCAGGGCAACCAACUGGCCGCUCUGAGUCAAGCCAAGGGGACACCUGGCCAACCAGCCAAGGUGGUGACCAUCCAACUCCAAGUCCAACAACCUCCAGGUGGCCAAGGAGCUCCUCAGAAGAUCCAGCUCCUCCAACAGGGCGGUGGGAGCGGCCAAGCGACGCCGGUGACGGUCUCCUCGGUGCCCCAGGUGGUGGGAGGAGCUGGGCAGAGGUUGACCGUGCCCUUGAAGGUGGUUCUGCAGCCUCAGGUGAGGGCUUGGGGGAGGGAUGUGGUGCCCAACGUGGGGCUGCACCCAACGUUGGGUCACACGCACAAUCACACACUCACACUCUCUCACACUCACACAAUCACCCCUGUGGUGGGGAAGAAGCGGAAACGCAACGCGAGCUCCGACACCUCGGACACCGAGGUCCUCCCCGCCCCUUCCCCCCGGGAGGAGGAGGAGACCAGUGUCCAGAAGCGCCGCUCCAACCGGCAGGUGAAGCGCAAGAAGUACACGGAGGACCUGGACAUCAAGAUCACUGAUGAUGAGGAGGAUGAAGAACUGGACGUCACGGGUCCCAUCAGACCAGAACAACCCCCCAUCCCUCAACCCCCCAUCCCAGAACCUGAACCUGAAGGGGAGACCUUGCCCUCCAUGCAGUUCUUUGUGGAGAACCCGAGUGAGGAGGACGCAGCCAUCGUGGACAAGGUCCUCUCCAUGAGGGUGGUGAAGAAGGAGCUUCCGUCCGGCCAGUUGAUCGAGUCUGAGGAGUUUUUCGUCAAGUACAAGAACUACUCCUACCUCCACUGUGAGUGGGCGACCAUCGACCAGCUGGAGAAGGACAAGAGGAUCCACCAGAAGCUGAAACGUUUCAAGACCAAGAUGACCCAGAUGCGUCACUUCUUCCACGAGGAUGAAGAACCUUUCAACCCCGACUACGUGGAGGUCGAUCGCAUCCUGGACGAAUCCCACAGCGUGGACAAGGACAACGGGGAGCCCGUGGUCUACUACCUGGUCAAGUGGUGCUCCUUACCCUAUGAAGACUCCACCUGGGAGCUCAAGGAGGACGUGGACGAGGCCAAGGUCGGCGACUUCAAGCGCAUCCAAGCGCGGCCGCCCGACCUCAAACGCUUGGCCAGACCUCAGGCCGGGGCGUGGAAGAAGUUGGAGAUGUCCCAUGAGUAUAAGAACCACAACCAGUUGAGGGAGUAUCAGUUGGAAGGGGUCAACUGGUUGCUCUUCAACUGGUACAACAGGCAAAACUGCAUCUUGGCCGACGAGAUGGGCUUGGGCAAGACCAUCCAGUCCAUCGCCUUCCUCCAGGAGGUCUUCAAGGUGGGGAUCAGGGGACCAUUCCUGGUCAUCGCCCCCUUGUCCACCAUCACCAACUGGGAGAGGGAGUUCAACACCUGGACCGAGAUGAACACCAUUGUCUACCACGGCAGCCUGGCCUCCCGCCAGAUGAUCCAGCAGUAUGAGAUGUACUGCAAGGACCCCCGGGGCCGCCUCAUCCCCGGGGCCUACAAGUUUGAUGCCCUCAUCACCACCUUCGAGAUGAUCCUCUCGGAUUGUCCCGAGCUGAGGGAGAUUGAGUGGAGAUGUGUCAUCAUCGACGAGGCCCAUCGCCUCAAGAACCGCAACUGCAAGCUCCUGGACAGCCUCAAGCACAUGGACCUGGAACACAAGGUCCUCCUGACUGGGACCCCCCUCCAGAACACGGUGGAGGAACUUUUCAGUCUUCUCCACUUCCUGGAACCUUCUCAGUUCCCUUCAGAAGCCGAAUUCCUCAAGGACUUCGGUGACCUCAAGACAGAAGAACAGGUCCAGAAGCUCCAGGCCAUCCUGAAGCCCAUGAUGCUCCGCCGCUUGAAGGAGGACGUGGAGAAGAACUUGGCUCCCAAGCAGGAGACCAUCAUCGAGGUGGAGUUGACCAACAUCCAGAAGAAAUACUACAGGGCCAUCUUGGAGAAGAACUUCUCCUUCUUGUCCAAAGGUGCUGGUCACACCAACAUGCCCAACCUUCUCAACACCAUGAUGGAACUCCGCAAGUGUUGUAACCAUCCCUACCUCAUCAACGGUGCAGAGGAGAAGAUCCUGGCCGAGUUCAGGGACUCGUGUCACCACCACGUCCCCCACGACUUCCACCUCCAGGCCAUGGUCCGCUCGGCCGGGAAGUUGGUCCUGAUUGACAAGCUCCUCCCCAAGCUGAAGGCUGGAGGCCACAAGGUCCUUAUCUUCUCUCAGAUGGUCCGUUGCCUGGACAUCCUGGAGGACUAUCUCAUCCAGAAGAGGUACCUGUACGAGCGCAUCGACGGGCGGGUGCGGGGCAACCUCCGGCAGGCGGCCAUCGACCGCUUCAGCCGCCCCGACUCCGACCGCUGCGGCUGGGGGGAGCCAGGGGGUGGAGCCAGGGGGUAG